GGAUGGAUAUGUCAAAAAAUUAGUUGAAGAAGUUACUUUAAAAAAAUAAAAUGGAUAAUCCGUGUAAACCUCCCAUCGAAGAAAAACAUUACAACUGUCCUCGGAUAGUGGAAACAAAUUUAAAAAGUGAUUCAAAACGCGGUGAGGUCCGCCAAGUAGAAUGCGGGAAAGGAUUUGGUUUGUUUGGUGGAAAAAAAAAUGAUGAACCACCACCACCUCCACCACCGGUGCCAGAAGAAGACAUGUCUCCUCCGCCAUACUCCGACUUGGGCAAAAAAGCCAAAGAUGUGUUCAACAAGGGCUACCAUUUCGGUCUGAUCAAACUCGACUGCAAGACAAAGUCCAGCUCGGGGGUGGAGUUCAGCACGGGGGGCACGUCCAAUCAGGAGUCGGGCAAAGUGUUCGGUUCGUUGGAGACCAAGUACAACGUCAAGGAAUACGGUCUAACCUUCACCGAAAAAUGGAACACAGACAACACCCUAAGCACCGAUUUCACCGUUAAGGAUCAGGGUUUGGAGGGCCUGAAACUUGGUGCCUGCUUAGAUUUCGCACCACACACAGGACAGAAGACCGGAAACGUUAAAGCCGCCUUCCAGAACCCCCAGGUGGCGAUAAACGCCGACGCCGAAUACACCCCGGAAGGUCCCAAGGUCCUCGGUUCGGUCGUGUUGGGCUACCAGGGCUGGUUGGCCGGCGCCCAGGCCGGUUACGACAUCAACAACAACAAGCUGACCAAGAACAACUUCGCCCUGGGUUUCAGCUCCGGCGACUUCACCCUACAUACCAAUGUCGAUUGGAUUAGUGACGACGGGCAGGAGUUUGGCGGCUCCAUCUACCAGAAGAUCAACCCCAGCCUGGAGACGGGCAUCUCCCUCAACUGGUCGUCGGGCAGCAGCAACACGAAGUUCGGCAUCGGCGCCAAGUACGACCUGGACAAGGACGCGGCGGUACGUUUCAAGGUCAACAACGCCAGCCAGAUCGGUCUGGGAUAUCAGCAGCGUCUGCGCGAAGGUGUCACUCUUACUCUGUCCACCCUGAUCGACGGGAAGAACUUCAACCAGGGCGGUCACAAAAUCGGUUUGGCCCUAGAAUUAGAGGCUUAAACACUCUCCUCGUUCCACGUUAUACACUAGACCCCACUUGCGUAUUAAGCCGCUGUAUUGUAGAUAAUAUAUAAUUGUUUUACUGGAACAUUUAGUAUUAAAAAGAUACAAUUUUUUUUGUAUGUUUUCUUCAUUCAAAUCGGACACUUUAACAGACUACAAUAUCGUAUAGGGAUCGUCGUGUGUGUAACAAAACGAUACGGGCAGAUCCCUUUUCUUUCUCGGUGGGUAUUUGUUUUCAUUUCAAAAGGGCAAAGGGACUGGUAGUAAGAGUAUAUACUAUAUAUAAAAAGGCGAGUUAAUUUAUAUGUCUCUGUUAUACAGCUACACGAUUAUUUUUGUCCAACCUGAUUUUUUUGUUUUUAUAAAUACUUAUGUAUCGCAAUACCUUUUUUGCUUUAAAACAAAUCUUUAUUGUUAAUAAAGAAGUUUAAUUUCUAAA